CUUCGCGCCAGAAAUGCGUUUUGUGUCAAAAAUGUCUUGCUAUUAUUUCGACUUUGAAUUAAUGUGAUAACAAGUACUGUGCAUUUAAGAAUAUUAAUGGUGAUUCGUGCAUUUAAAAAUGCCGGACGAAAACAUCUGUAUGGACGUGAAAUCUAUUUUGGACCGGUUGGAAAAUGAUGGAUUGCAAAACUACAUAGUGAGAUCCCAAGAGUAUAGAAAAUUACUUAUUGCUCUGGGCAAUGAAGCAGUGUUCACCACUUCGGAUCUUGACAAGUUGCUAGUAAUAUGUGCACGAGACUUAAAAGACGAACUGCGGUACGCCGCCACACUCAUGAAAAUUAUUUCUAUCAUAGUAACCAGAGUACAGACUGAAAAUAAGGACCUCUGUCCAAACCUGACACCAUCAGCUUUAGCAGUGAUUCACAUAAUAACAACAAUAGCUUUACACAACAAGGCGGAUUCAUUGAAGCAGUUAUGUUAUGAUACAUUGCUGUCAUUCCCUGAUGAAACUAUUGCAUCACUCGCAGACCACCAUGAGCAAAUCAUGGAGCUAUUCAACCUGUACUGCCAUGUAAGAAUACCCAGCAAAAUUAAAUUCCAGGUGUGUACUAUACUGCACAAAUUAUUAAAAUUACUGUCACCUGAAAAGAAGACACAGUUUGUGGAGAAAGGCAUAUCCGUUUGGUUUUCAAAGAUUAUUCCUACUCUAAUGAACAGCUUGGCUUUGGAUAUGACAGAACUUGACAUUACUGUUGAAAUACUUGAACAUUUAACUGAAGAACUUGUUGCAUUUGAUUACACUGACAAUCCCCAGUGGCAUAAUGUUUUAGAAUGUAUCUGCAAUCCACAGAAGUAUCCAACAAUAAUGAAAAAUCUGUUAAUACAUAAAAGUGGCGUCUGGCACAGAGUUUGGAUUGUAUAUAUUAAGUUGCUUAAACAUCAAAUCACACAAGCAAUGGGCAGCAUUGGUACUCCAAUAAACUCAAUGUUACCUGUUGUUGAAGCUGCAUUCAAGUUGGAUGUAGAAAACAGAUGUAAAGCAUUUGAAUGCUGGACUGUACUCAUUGACAGUUUCUCAACUGAAACAAAUGAAAGCAACAUAAACAAAAGGAUCAAGCUUUUAAUAAUCCCACUCAAGUCAAAUAAUGCCAAAGCUGAGGAAACUGCCUUAGCAAAGUUUAAAUGUUGGUGGCAUUUAUUAGAGAAAUUCCAAAACAAAAUAGAUAAAUUCAUAGACACAAUAUUGGUCACAUUUCUACAUUUCUGCUUCGGAAGGCACAAUGCCACAGAUAAGACAAUUAUUGUGCCUGGACAAAUAUCAAUGUCACUAAAAAAACUCUGUAUACAGGCUAUUGUAGACCUGGUGGGACAUGUUAAUUGUGAUGGUUGCACAGAAUUACCUAAACUGAAAGGAAAAAUGAUAAGCACUAAGAAUUUAGUGGAUAAUUGGAAUCACUGGAUCUUUUCCCUGACUUCAACCAUAAUGAUGUCUGCAAAUUCAGAAGAAGGGUUGACGAAACAGCAGAUGACAUGUUUAUGGAAGUCAUUCCUCCGGACGAUUGGUGAAUUACCAGAAAACACCAUUAGAAAAGAUCUGUUCUCUGAAAUGUUGUCCAUAUUAGAGCUUUUGGUGCAGGAAUGCAAAAACAACAGCAAACUUACAGAUAUAGUGUUCAAUGCUUUACUAGUGUCACUGUUUGAUGGAGAUGCAAGAAUCAAACAACUUAUGAAAUCAAAAAAUGAUGUCACUCAUCCACUUUGUAAAAUCACAACAUCGUUACUGAAUCCUGCAUUGCACCUUGGAUAUGAAAGUUGUUCUUUUAAAGAGAUGGUAACAAAGUUGUUGCCUCUAACAAACAUGCUGUUGGAUCCAGCUCAUUGCUCUCCGACGUUCGCCAUAGGAUACAUUUUAAAGAAUCUGACUGCUACAGAUAUUUCUUUGAAAUUCUGGACUGCAUUGUCAGAAUCUGUAUGUGAAACACAAUAUGACAUUUGUGCUUUAAGCUUGUGUAACAUCAUGAUGUGGCCAUUGGAGAGAGUGCAAUUGUUUAAAAAUGUUGAUGUGGCAGCCUUAACAUGGUACACGAUGCAUGACAUAUUCCAUAAGAAACUCAAGAAAACGGAUGUCUACCCAUCAGCUUUAUCUGAAUUUUUGAAUGAUACUGCAGAAAUGACACAUUCAUAUAUUUUUUUCAAAUUGUGUGUUCUACUUGGUGUUAUAAAACACAAGAUGGCUGAGGAAGGUUGUGCAUCAGUAGAAAAGGAGAUGGAACUCUUGCAUGUGUUGACUGGUCGCAUGAACUCAUAUCAGACAUAUGAAAAGCUGUUUCCCAUACUUGUAGAUAGAGUAAUGGGAGUAAUGUCCAUAAUAGGGAAUGAUGUUAACGAAAUAGUAGCUCGAUAUACAUUGUUUACAAUGAAGAAAAUACUGAAAAUUAUGAUUCAAGCAAUCAAACAGAAGCCUGAGGCCACAGACCUAUUGACUUAUGUUGAUAAGUCACUGUAUCACUUAACUGAAUUGUUUCAAUCUGAGUUGUACCACAAACUUAUACCAAUCAUUGUGGAUGAAUUAAUAGACAUAUCCACAUACCUUCUAAGUCAGUCUUUAUUAAAAAAAACAGUUGUUACUAUGUUAAAAACGUUGUCUCAUAAAAUAGUGGAAACUGAUACGACAUUUAAAAAAAUUAACUCAAUAUUAGAAGAUUUGGAUAAAGAAAGAGCUAAUAAAGAAAGGGCUACUAGCAAAACUGAUGUCUCUGACAAUGUUACAUUCACAGCACCGAAAGAUAUUACGAUUACAAAAAAAGUGAAAAAGAAAGAACCAAGUAUAGUGAAUACUGUUGUGGAAAAUGGAGAAGAAUAUGUGGUCGUCAAGUCUAACUGGAAAUUUAACCCACGGAAACUAACAGAAAACCAAAAAGAAAAAUUGCAAAGGAAAAGAGAAGACAUUCCAGCUUUAUAUCAAGAUUUAUCACAAUCACAGGAUGAAUUUAAACUUGUGUCUUGGAAGACAGACUCACAAGACACAUCCAACAGCAGUAAAUCAGAAAGUAAAACUUCAAACUUAGGAAACAAUGAAACUGCUACGGAAAUUCUUUCGAAGCUACCAAGUUCAGAUGUUGUGCCUACAAUACUAGAAAAUUUCUUUGCUGAAAAUAAGAAGAAGGAAAGUUCUCCUGUUUCUAAAGAUGCACCACCAACAAAAAUUGUUGCUAAAGUUGAUCCAACAACACCACAAGGCACUAAAUCACCAAGAAUGGCUUUAAAAGAUCGCGUGUUUCGUAAUGUAAGAAAUUUAAUAGAAAAGUCGGGAGUUCAAAAAGAGAACAAGGAUGCAUCUGAAGAUCUUAACAAGACAGACAGGGCGAUAAAAACCCCUACUCAGCCCAAAAAGGAUGAUACAGUCAACGUCACUAAUUCUGCCCCACCAUUAUUGUCUGCUGAUAGGCCCUCAAGGGUUAAAAGAAAGCCUAGAAAAUUUGAAGAGUUAAUGUCGCUAAGUGCUAAAAAGAAGCGUCAGUCUUUACAAAAUAUUAAAUCAACAGACCAGGAUAAACAAUCUACAGCUGAAUCAAGUUCUUUAAAUACUGCAGCAGAUAAAGAUGAAAAUGUAAUCAAUGACGCCGCCGCAAUAGUUUCAAAGACUGAUCAACAGAAAGCAAAUAAAUCUGAUCAGGAACGAGUUCUCGAAGAUCCAAAUAUUUUAAAUAAAGAUGAAGUUAUGGAAAAUAAUCAAUGUCCACCUGAGGACAUGACCAUUGUUAACGAUAAAGUUUCGGAAACAGAGAUUACUGAAAGUGUACGUGAUGAUAACUGCACGAGUACAGAUUUACCAACAAGUAUGGAAAUUGACAGUGAUAAGAAAACCUCAAGUCCAAAAGAAUCUGAUAAUUGUAAAGUCGAUGUUACGAAAGUUAAUGAUACAACAGUUAGCAAAACAAAGGCCAUGAAAUUGAAGGAAAAUGAAACUGUUGUGAAAAGUGAUGAGAAAGGUGACAAUAAAAGUACUAGAGACAUAGUUGUGGUUAAUCCAAGCUUUAAAGAGACUGAAACAGUUAACGAGAACAAGGAAACCACGAAAAAUGAUAGUUCUGAUGUUGUUCAAGAUCAAUGCGCAAUUAUCAAAAACAAAAGAAAUUCAAAUGAAAAAGAAGGUAAGAAGGAAGACGACAUAAGUCUAAAAGGAGAUCAAACCGCGCAUGUAAAAUCAGAAAGUCCUAUUCAAAGUGGUAAAAGGCCAUCAACGCCAACAGUAGCGAAAAAUAAAACGGAUGAGCCAAAAUCAAGCACUAAAAAACCUAGAAAAUCAAGGAUUGAAAAAGAAUUAGCAAUAGACAUGGUUGAAGGACAUCCGUUUUUAAAAAUGCAGUCACAAAGUCGGUUGACUAGAAGAGCUUUAGAAUCUGUUAGUACUGGUAGGAGAAAGACUUUACUUGAAAAACUGAACAAAUCAAAAUCCGAAUCAAAUAGUGCAAUAAAAGGCGAGAAAAAAACUAAAGAGAAGAACAAAGACAACAAAGAUAAAAGCGAAAGCGAUAGUUCAAACUCCUCGGUCACUGUUGAAGAUAGCCAAGAAAAAGAUAUUGGAAGUAAAGAUACUUCUUUCUCUGAUGAACUUCCAUAUUCCGACGACGUUAUUGAAAGUUCGCAAGAUUCAACUAUAACAACUAUAUCAGUAAAAUCAUCUAAAAAGGCUUCCGCGAAAGUGCCGGUCGUAACUUUAGAAAAAAUCAAGCUCUUUCCCGAUCAACCUGACAAUAUUCCCGAAUCACAGAGCAUAUUAGAUAGUGUAGUUGUGGGUAAUGCUGAGUCUACAAAAGAUAAACAAGACAGUAAAGAUGAUAUAGAACUGUCGCUGAAUAAAACUGCUGUUGAAGAUCAAACUCAAGCAGAUCUGACCGACAAUAUGGAUACGGAACCGAUUAAUACAGAGUUUUCAGAUGUUGUGAUUGUAGUCGCUGAUGAUCCGCCUCCACUCACCAUUAGCAGCGAUGAAUCACAAGUAGGACAAGCAACACAAGAAAUUGCUGAGGCAGACACCCAGCCGACUAAUCCAACUGAAUUUAUGGAAGUUGAUAUUGAUAAUAAGACCAAAAAUAUAAGCGUGACUGUGGCAGACAGUGACGUUUGUAGUAGCGGAAUCAAAGAUGAUUCUUUAACUAAAGAACAACCAGUCCAAGUAAACCCAAUUACACCUUUGGACAACACAACAUUAACCUUACCUGAUUCGGUGGUAAAUGAGUUAGAAUCCGAGGGAGGAGCUUCAUCGCCGUCAUCAUUUGGUGAUGAAGCUAAGAGAAAACAAGACUUCUUGAACAAUACGCUUGAGAUAUCCCCAAUUAAAAACAUGAGUCCAGAUAGAAAUAAGAAAUCACCGUCUCCCGAAACCAGCGCAGAUUAUGUGGUGAUAACGUUGUCCUCACCCGUUCACAGUAAUGGAGAACCCUUUGAAAAAUGUAGUUCUCCAGAAGUUUUUACUGAGGACAAGAUUUCCCCCGAUAAAAGGGAUCAGUCGCCACCCAGAGUAGAAGUAACUGUGACUAGCACUAGUCCAAGCUCUUCUCUAUCGCUUAAAAAGAACAGACCUCAAGUGCGUUCUGGAGGGCGGGCGGCGCAGAUGUUAGGAUUAUGUUGUGUACCUGAUAAAGUUCAAGCUAUUAUAAAUCAAGAAAAGACUGACUCUGAAGAGAUUAAAAAGCCUAGUACAUCAAGUACACCUGCUAGAAGAAAUUUACGAAUGUUAUACAAUUCUGUUAGUGAAAAUAUUGAACCUCCCAGCGAAAAUGAAGAUAGUGAGCAAUUUCUUAAAUUUAGGAGGUCACUGCCUGCAGUAGACAGCAGUCCAUCAGGACCUAUACUUAAGAGAAAACUGGUAGAAAUAUCCGAUGAGGCUACGGUUUCACCUGCUAGCAAAAGAAAGAGAGUUAGUUUCCAUGACCCACCUGUAUCAACUACAGUAUCAGUGCAGAAAUACAUUGAACCAGGUGGUGUACGAUCGCCAUCAAACUCGAUGCAUAAACGUCUUGAAAGACAGCAACGACAACACACGCCCUUAAAAUCGCCAAAAAGACUAGAAAAUGCAUUUAAAUUAGAUACAGUACUAAAUAAAGCCAUAGAAAGUUUUACAGAAACUGCAACAAACACUCCAGAUGACACUCAAGUAUCCUCUCUGGACGAGACACCUGUUGUUGAAAUUGUGAGAGCGAGUGAAUUGAAUGACACUGAUCCAAUUUACCCUGAUUUGGUAGAUUGUAAGGACGCCAUAGAUAACAUUGCGGCUGAAUUAUCUUCUCCAGUUAUGAAGUCAUUGCUUGUUAAAGAAUUAUUAGGAAAGGUGGAAACAGUAGGUGAUUUAGCAAAGAUGACAGAGCUUGAAGUAAACAGGUUACGUAUUAAGGCGCCUAAAAUAAAAGUGGCUAGGAAAGUGUUAUCAGACUAUGCUUCAAAGAGGGUUGAGAAAGCUCAAUGUGAAUUGGUGGUAGUGAAAAUUGACGAGGCUGUUUUUGAGGAACCUAUUUCAGAACCUGAGGUAAAGGAGGUGGAAAGCGCUGAUAUGGAAGUACAGACGGUCGCUAAUGUAUCUGUUGAUAUGGAAAUGCAGACAGUUGAGACGCCUGUCUCUGUGACUUAUGUACAGACCGAGACUACUCCAACUGCACACGCAACCGUGCAGACAAACCAAUCAGGCAAUACAUCUACUGCUGAUAUCGUUAAGUCCUGUUUAGAAGAGAGACCAGACUUCGUGAAACAAGUUGGUAAACAAUUAAAAGAAGAUUCUAAGAAGCGGAUAACUGAAAAGUUAUCAGUUAGUGCUAUAACUGAUGUGUUAGUGAAAAAGAUCACUCCGAAUGAUGCCAAGUCACUUUUGAACAGAGUGCUGGAGAAUCAGUGGAAUAAAACCUCGAAUGAAAACUGCACUAGUAGAGAAUUGUCAUUUAUUCGAGAAUUUAUGUGCGAGAGGUUUGACUCCAAAGAUUUGAUACUUUUCUGUAGUGAGGUACUGAAAUCUGUGUAUGAUAAGCCUGCUUCGCCUAAGAUUUGAUGCUUUUUCUUGUAGAGUUGUUUAUCUAUUGGCCACGUACGGCUUUGUCUUGAUGGCGGCCUCUCCGGCUUGCACGACUGUUUGUAUUGUAAUAUACAAUAAGCACUUACUACUUAAUGUGGAUCGUAUCUGGUCGCCAUAGACGACGACUCUUAAAGCGCUUCUUGUAUUCUUUAAAGAACCGCGAUUAUUAAGCGUCCUUGGUAACGUUAAAUCUCAUCAAAAUAUAUGUUUAUAGUAUACACCAGUAACACGUAUUGUGAUGUGUGUAUGUGUAUGUACUGUUGUAAUGUAUGUGUUUAGAAAGUCGCAUAUUGUUCGUUGAAUGCGAUUCGUUUUAAUUAUCUUAAUAUUAGUGUUAGUUAAUUCUUGUACCUAAUUGUGAUAGAUUUAUUUGAAUUCGGAGAUAAUUCAAUAAAAAACAAAGAAAAUAAAUCAAUUUUUUAUUUAAUGUAAAACAGGUAAUAUUUACAUUAUUCAGUCAUGAUGAGUGACCGCUAGCAGUCACAAACAUUAAAUUCUUACAUAACACAUGGAACAAACACUAAAGUCACUUGCUGUUAUCACCACAAAUGCAAUGACAGAACAUGCCAUGACAGACAACAUAUUUUAAUUGUAUGUAUUUGUAAGACAUAGAGUAAAAUAUUAGUUGUAGAAUAGCAGUAAAUAUAAUAAGGUAAGAGAGAGAUGGAACAUGGCAUCGAGAUAUAUUAUCACAACUAAUAUUUACAGCAACCCAUAGGUAGGUAAUGGUUAAAGCUUUAUUUGUAAACGAAGACUUAAAUGUUUCAUAUAUUGGCACAAUAUUAACUUUGUUUUAGGAAACUGCUUGGUGGCAUCGGUAUUAUAAAAGUUAAAAAAAAUGCAUGGAAAAGUAAAUUGUACAGUUACUGUUUUUAAAUAUUGAUUCAGUACAGAGGAAAUAGCCAAUGUUAGCUUUUUAAUGAAGCCUAUUUAACCAUUGCUCGGUUGAUCUAAGUAAUGGUAAAGCAUCUAUACUGAAUCAAUGUUAAUUUUUUACCUGCAUCUAAAUAACUGCGGAGACUGUACAUAAGUAAUAAGAAUUGAUUAUAACCACCGAUAGUUGAAUAUUUAUUUUUUUAUUAGAUAGUUAAUACGGAUGCUACAGUUUCCAUAAAGUUAGAUAAUUGCGCCUUUGCCUAACACACUUAUUUACACACCCUUUUAUAUAUCAUAUCACCCAUCCCAGUUUUAUAUCACACUAAAAAGACGUUUUUAUUAUAAUAGACCUUAUUGUUGUCAAAUUAUGUUUGAUUGUUGCAAGUGCUAACUGAACUGCUAGAGUAGUUAGUUGCUUAAGUUGUAGGAACUAGUUAUGUUGUAAUAAAUUAUUUUAUAAAGAAGUUAUAUGUUUCACUUGCUCCCUUUUAAAUUUUGCAUUAUGUAGUUUUGAUGUGUCUCAUUUCUCUUAUUUCGCUAAUGCUUUGAACAUAAUGCAGAGAGGGUAGAAAGUAUCCAGAACUAUAAAUGAUAGUGAUGUUGCUUGAAUUGAAUUGCAACCGUUUUUUUUUCUUUAUUAUUUCACAAUUCAAUGACACAUACACCACAUAAAGUAUUCAGUUACGUUACCUACAUUUAUACAUACUUUUUCGGCGGCCUUUAAUUCACAGUAUUAUACUAGGCAUUUAGCGAUAAUCAAUAACUACAUCUCCUUAUUCAGCCUUGUACCAAAAUCUCGAAAUACUUAUAAAACUACCAGUUAUAUUCACUAAGAUUAAAAUAAAAUUACAUACUUUUUGUCACCCGAAUCAAUAACUUACUUACAGAUAAUGUUAUUGAACCUAUCGUACUUUGGUGUACUACUGAGCUUUUAUACGUUUGAAUAUAAACCUUACAUAGAUAUAAUUGUGUAACACUGUCUACCUACUUCUUGCUCUAUACGGUUGAAAGCGAAGCAUUUCAUCUAUCUAAUUGUAUACAUAACACCGUUACGCAGUAUUAGGUAGACAGUGAUGAUACAUAUAAUGAUUGGAUUUUGGCAUAAGGCUCCUAAUCAAAGCUCCAUUUAUAUCCUUAAAUUAAACAAUGAUGAAAAGUUCGUAUCACACCCGAACAACACUUCACCUUCAAGAAAAAGUGUUCAUAAAAUAUUGUUCUUCACUUCUAGGAAAUUAGACUACGCUCGUAUCGUUUGUACGAAAGUAGCAUAAUACUUUGGUCCAUAAAUUGAGCACUCGAGUAAAUGUAACAUUAUUUAGAGAGGUAAGCGGUCACUGUCAGGGAAAACGCAUUUCUGCAACGUAGUCUAAAUGUUCUAAGUUGUGGUGAGAGUUGGAGCGGCGGGGAGCGCGCGAUCUGUGGAUGUUGUGGUGAGAGUGAGCUCGCGUCACUCUGUAGGCACCCUCGCGACGCUGCCCUGCGUCACUGGAUUUCCGCGUUGAUGAGACCCAGUCAUCAUCACGCGUCCGAGACACUGUCGGAGGUUUCCUGUAAUUGUCGAAAACUCGACGGUUGUCUUCAUAACGCUGUCGUUGCCAAUUACGAUCCAUAUCGUGUCCAUAAAGAUCUAGUUCGCCGGAAGGCUGGAACUGGCUUGAAGAGUUCUGGCAAUAACUAGAUCGUUUCCAGCCAUCGUCGUAUUUCUUACGGCUGUUCUCAUCUUCACCUAUUUGCCGGCGUUGUGACUGAUUGGAACUGCUUUCGCUAGUGUCUUCCCCUGAUGUGCCUAUUCCUAGAUCCUUGUCAUCCCCAUAAAUCUUAUAGAUGCCAUUGGGAUUUAAAUUCUUUCCGUUGUAUAUUUGAUCAUUUAAGACAAGCUGUGGGUGCGGUAUACAGUAGGGGUUUGGAUAACAUUUUUCUAGUUUUGCCAUUUUGAUGUCAUCGGUCUUUCUUGUACAAGAGCCAGGACCGAAUAAUGAUAAGAGAACUGGAAGUAGGAAGAGGCCAUGCAUAGCUCCAAAGAAUAUUACCAUGAAUACCAUUUUGAAGAAUACGGAGAAAAUGUAGCUGUCAGCUAAGAGCAAUGCUAUUACACCGAGAAUUGUACUGAAAGAGCCCUGAAUUAUUGGCAAUCCGAGGGAAUAGAGACAUUCGCUGACUUUGUCAUCUGGGGACUUUGCUUUAGAUGCCAUGUACGCAUAGCAGAUAUGAGCAGUGAAAUCAACCGAGAAACCAAUGCACAUAAUCAAGUUAAUCAUUGAUAUGGAGUCAAGAUUUAUAUCCCAAAGGGCCAUGUAACCUACUACACCGAUUUCUAUGGAUAUGAUACUGAAUGCUACCCACAAGGAACACAGGAUAUUGGGAAUGAAUACAAAGGACGUGAUCAUCAUCAUGAGAGCUCCGUAGCUUAGGUUCUGGAGAGAUGUUGGUCUCACGAGUUCAAACUGA